AAUAUUUCUGUUCAAAUGUUGGUAAUUCUGUCACUGAUGACACUUGAUUCAUUUUCAUUGACUAGUGACGUCGGUUUAUGGGAGGUGGAUAUUUGUGCGAAGUUUAUAAUUUAAGACAUUUUUAAAGAUAUUACAGUGUCAAGAUUUCAUAUAACCAUGGCUGAUAACGAACAGAAGGCAAUGCAAUUGUUAGUGGAGGCUGAAAAAAAGUUAACAUCUUCGAAGGGCUUCUUCGGUUCGCUAUUUGGAGGAUCAUCAAAGUUUGAAGAAGCUGUAGAAUGUUAUCAACGUGCUGCAAAUAUGUUCAAGAUGGCAAAAAAUUGGAGUUCUGCAGGAAGUGCAUUUUAUGAAGCAGCAGAGUUACAUGCUAAAGCAGGCAAUCGUCAUGAUGCAGCUACUAAUUAUGUAGAUGCUGCUAAUUGUUUUAAAAAAUCUAAUAUAAAUGAGGCAAUCAGUUGUCUAUUAAAGGCAAUUGAAAUUUAUACUGAUAUGGGUCGAUUCACAAUGGCAGCCAAACAUCAUCAAAGUAUAGCUGAGAUGUAUGAAAGUGAAGCUGUAGAUCUUGAGAGAGCUGUUCAUCAUUAUGAGCAAGCUGCUGAUUAUUUUCGAGGAGAAGAGAGCAAUUCCUCUGCAAAUAAAUGUCUUUUGAAAGUUGCACAGUAUGCUGCACAACUUGAAAAUUAUGAAAAAGCUAUUCAAAUUUAUGAACAGGUUGCAUCUGCAUCUUUAGAAAGUUCUUUAUUAAAAUAUAGUGCAAAAGAAUAUUUUUUCCGAGCGGCGCUAUGCCAUUUAUGUGUUGAUGUAUUAAAUGCUCAACAUGCAAUUGAACGUUAUCAAGAACAAUAUCCUGCAUUCCAAGAUUCUAGAGAAUACAAAUUGAUAAAGACAUUAAUAGAACAUAUCGAGGAACAACAACUCGAAGGUUUUACAGAAGCAGUAAAGGAAUAUGAUUCAAUUUCACGAUUGGAUCAGUGGUACACAACAGUAUUAUUACGUAUUAAAAAGCAAGUUGACGAUAAUCCAGAUUUGCGCUGAUCGGUUGUUCCUAUUUUGUGCUAUUUCUUAUCGAUGAUAUUAUUAAUCCAAUUCUAUAUGUAUUCUUUUUUAAGUCAUAUCCUGCUUUCAGUGAAACUUGUAAAGUAGUUUCAUUUUUGUACCCAAAUAUAUUUUUCAUAACAUCUCCUUGCUCUCUUGGCAACUAUUACAUUCAUCAUUUAAGUUAUCAUGAAUUUAUAGAAUAUUGUCAUUAAAAAAUAUAAAGAAAAAAGAGAGAAAUGAACUUCAAAUAUUCUAUGAUCAUUAGUAGUUAAUUUAAAAUGCCCAUGUACAAGGCAUAAAAUUAAAUAUAGAGAUAAAUAAUAUUUAAACUUUGUUGAUAUUCUCACAUUUAUAAAUAUAUAAAUAGCUUGCCAGAAGCUACAGCUUGUGCAGUUUCAUUUUGCAGCAUGCAAUUGCAAUUAAUUAUUCAAUCAAAAAUAAUUUGUUUAUUCAUUAGUUAGUAGAUGUAUAAUUUUAUAUAUAUAAUAUUUUUAAAAUUUGUUGAUAUUUAUUAAUAACUUGAAGUAAUUAUUAAUAAUAACAAUAUAUAUAUAUGCAAUAUAUAAGAUUUUAUAGUUACCGAAAAACAAUUACAAAUUAUGUUAUUAUAUAGAUUACUACUUUCAAUAACAAUAUCAUUCGAUUCUGUAUCUGUUUCACUUGGAAUUGUUAUAACAGAACGGUAGAUCGUCAGUUCUUUACACUGCCAGAGUAUCAGAAUAACGAAUAUGGUAUGCAUAUUAUAAUCUUCGGGAAAUGAUGUAUUUUGUAUAUUAUAUUGAAUUUUCUUGUUUUUCUUAAAUUUUAAUUUCUGUAAAAUUGUAUUUAAAUUACAAUUUAAAAUUUUAAUUAUAUUCUCUAUAUUUUAUAAAGUAGAUGAAACAUAUUCAUAUUGUUGGAAACUGAAAAUGACGGUGCAUUUAAUUGCAAAUAUCGUAACAUCUUAUUUUUAUUUUAUUAAAAUUAAUAUUUAUUUAUAUUCUUCCAUUAUUGAAAAUUAAUUUUGUCAUUGUAUAUUUGUACUUAGAUGUAGAAUUGAAAUAAUAUGUAUUAGUGAUUAAAAAUGCGAUAAAUAUUGUAAAAAAAAAAAUUUAUUUUAAUUAAUUUAUUGUUAUUUAACAAAUUGGAUAUUGUGAAUUUACUACAUUUUAUAUUUAAAACAAAUUGUAUUGUUUGAAUAUACAUUUACAAAAUAUAUACAUAUAUAAAUAUUCCAUUGUUAAGUAGGGAUAAGUAAUAAAAAUUUUUGCAUGCACAGAAAAUAAUAAACCGUGCAUUUCAUAAAUAUUGCGAAAAAAAACAAUUUUUGAUGCACAUAAUUAAUAUUGCGUUAUUUCCAUUAUGGAAUAGUUUCGAAUUGUAAAAAAAAUUCAAUAAAAAAGAGUUGCAGGUAGCGAAAAGUAAUGUCUAGAUCAUAUAUUCUUCUAUAUCUUCUUUAAAUAUAUAUUACGAAACAUAUUAAUAUAUGUACAUAUAUGUUAAUAUAUUAUUUAAUAAUAAUUAUUUAAUAAAUAAUUAAUAAUUUAUUCAUCAACGUAUGAUCAGUACUUGUUUUUUUAGAAUUUAAACAACAUUUAGAUUCAAAAUUGUAUCUUAAUUGUAAUUAUUAUUAUGCUGCGUAUGAUUUUUUCGAAAUCCUGAAAACAAAUAUAACUUAAGUAAUUUAAACAUCGUCAUUUAAUAGGAUUGAAAAAAAAUGACUUUUAAUGAUGCGACUUUUAAUGAAUUUGACGUUAUGAUGUGCGUAUCAUCAAUCAUUUUUAAUUUUUUUUUUUUUAUAAAAAAUCAUUUAAAAUUUAUUUUUUUAUUUUAUUUAAUUUAUUCAAGUAAUGUAAUGGAAAAAGUUAGUAUGUAUGUAUGACAUGGAUACUCUGGAUUUGUAUUCCUUUAUUAAAAAACGCAGAAAUUUGUUUUUGUCAUUUAUAUAAAAAUUUAUUUAUAUAUGCAUUUACGUAUGUUCGUAUUUGUUUUCUGAUGAUGAAAGUAUAUUACGAUAAUAGAAACUCGUAUAUUAUUAAUUUAUUUUGUUUUAUAUUAUAUGUAAGACAAUGAUUGCAAUGUCAAUAUUUAAACAGCACUACGCAAUGGAUUUCUUAGUAUAUAGUAAUUAAUGUGCUUAAAAAAACUACACGCUUGUAAUAAAUGAUAAGUCAUGAUAUCAUACCAUGCAAAAGAUAUUUGAAUCAUUUUAUAAAGUGCCGUAGUCGAUAUUUAAAUAUUAUAUCGAAACUCUCUAAAUUAUGGAAUGUUAAUAAAAUAGAUGAUAUAAUAGUGUUCUACUUUAUUUAAAAAUUUCAUAAGAUUAAUUGUAUAAAACAUGUAUAACUUUCUUUCAAUAUAAUAUUUAAACAAUAUAUAAAAUAUAUAUCUACAUAUUAUAAAAUGGAUAAAUAUAGUGUUUUCUUUACAUUGUACACAUAUAUGAUUGCAUAUUAUGAUAGUAUUACUUUGUAAAUAAAAAUAAUUGAAUACAAAGCUCAGUGUCUAUAUCAUGAAUCAUUGUAUUUUUAGUUUAUGAAUUAAAAUAAAAUUGAAAUUAUUAAUGUUUCUAAAAAAGAAAAUAAAAUAUUUUUCACAGUAUUAUAAAAUCAAUUUUAAAUAUAACAACCGCUAAAGUGUUUAAUGUGUAAUAUGAUUGGUUCAUGUAAAACUCAUAUUUUUAACAAAUUGUACACAUUGUAUUACUUGAAAUAUUAAUUAUAAAAUUUAAUAAUAUAUUAAUAUUAUAAAAUUAAAAUACAAUAUAAUAUAAAUCAUAUUGAAAUAAAAAUUAAAAAAUCAUGAUUACUUUUCAAAAUUGUAUUGAAAAUUUCAACCAAUAGGUAACAAGCGCUAUAGGAAAGUGGUCUUCCUCAUUGGAAGAAAGUAUUUUGAUAUGCACACACACACAUACUUCUUGUCAAGAAUGCGGUCAGUGAACUGCUGGUCUUAAUAUUUGAAUAUCGAUUAAAAACAAUUACAUCCUCAAAAUAUCUAAAGUGAAUGGAUAAAAAAUUAAAUAAAGAAAACUAUAUAAAUAUCGUAUCGUAAUUAUACUAACUUUUACGUAUACCAUUUCAAUUAUAUUUUUUUCAUUUUAUACACAAUUCUUAUUUGAAAGGCAGUACUUCACGUACGGAUGCUCGAAGAUUGCUCGUUCUAAUAGAUGUGCUGUGAGCACUGCUUUCGAUUACUCCGUUUUCUUUGCAAAUCAUUUUCUUAAUUAAUUUCAAUUAUACAACAAAAUACAGAAACAAAAUUUUUUUGUUUCUGUUGUGAAUAAUUAAGCCCCGGAUCAUCGAAAUAGCAAGAGAAUCUUGCUUUUAAAUACGUUUAUCUUGGGACAGAAUGGCACGUGGACAACAGAAAAUUCAAUCACAAGCCAAAGCAGCUGAGAAAGCUGCAAAAGUAAAAAAACAACAAGGACAUAGUGCUAAUGAACAAAAAAAGGCUGCACAAAAAGCUUUAGUUCAUGUGUGCAUAGUUUGUAAGGUUAGUAUGUUAUUUAUUUUUUAUUAUAAAUUUUAGAGUUCUAAAAUACUUCUAAAAUUUAAAAAAUAAUGAUCUGUUUAUAGGCACAAAUGCCAGAUCCAAAGACAUAUAAACAACAUUUUGAGAAUAAACAUCCUAAGAAUGAUUUACCAGAAGAUUUAAAAAAUAUAUGAGAGUAACAUGUUGCACAAACAUGCAGGUUGGGAUGGAGAGAGCAACAAAAAAAUUAUUACAAAUGACAAAGUGAUAUAGUUCAACAUUCAACUAUUAAAUAGUCACAAACAAGAAAAAUAAAUUAAAUCUUGUUAGUGUUUAAAAUGAACUAUCGCACAGUUAACAAUUGAAUUUUUGUGCACAGCUCCAAAUUGUAAUAUUAUUGAUAAUUCAUGUGUAAAACAAAAUUGUUCAUUUUUUUCCAAAGAUACUCAAUAAUGUUCAUCUAAUACAUGAUCACUAAAUUUUCAUUUGACAUGUAUAUUGUUAAAAAAAUAAAGUUAAUCAAUUUAGCAGAAUAA